CGGCAGUCGUUAGUUUAUCGGUGUAGUGUUGUGACCAACGCCAGGAUGAUUACAUACUAUUUUACAAACGGUCCAUGGUGGCUGGACGCUUUGUCGCUUUUGGCGGUCGCCUGUCUGGCGUUGUAUUAUUUCAGCAUCUCCACGUACGGUUACUGGCGAGAUAGGAACGUGCCGUACGCUCGUCCCACGCCACUGUUCGGAUGUCUGCUGCCGAUAGUCACGAGACGGGUGCACAUGGUCGACGAAUUCGGCAAGAUCUACCGGCAGGCCCGCGGUGCAAAGUACAUUGGCAUGUUCCAGAUGAGAACGCCGGCGCUGAUGGUGUGCGACCCGGCGCUGAUCGCCAACGUGCUGGUCAAAGACUUCUCGCACUUCACGGACCACGUGCCGUUCGGCGACCCGGUCAAGACGCCUCUGGUCAACCACUUGUUCAACAUGAAGGGCAAGCAGUGGAAAGUGAUGCGGCAGAAAAUGAGCCCGGCCUUCACGCUGGCCAAGCUGAAGCUGAUGCACUGCCAGAUAGCCGAAUGCAGCACGCAGCUGAUGGCGUACUUGGACCGCAGGCUGGCCGAGUCCCCCGGCGGCGCUAUCGAAGUGCGGAACGUCAUCGGCAACUAUUCGAUGGACGUGAUAGGCACUUGCGCUUACGGUCUGCGGUUGAACGCCAUUAACGACGACCAGUCGCCCUUCCGCAGACACGGCAACAACCUGUUCACCCAAAUGUUCAAAGCCAUUUUCCGGGACUUGUGCGUCAUGGUGUCGCCAGUCCUCAACUCUGUGCUGAACAUAAGCGAUUACUCCAAGGAAACCAUAGAGUUCUUCACGUCCGCCCUGACCGACACCAUGAGGUACAGAGAGGAAAACAACAUCGUCCGAAACGACGUCGUCAAGUGUCUAAUGGAAGCCAGAACCGAUUUGGUCAUAAAAAAAACCGAACCGUCAAUCGACUUUAAGGAAAUGGAUAUCGUGGCCAACGCAUUCGUUAUGUUUAUAGCCGGCUAUGAAACGGUAUCGACCACUAUAAGCUUUUGUCUGUACGAAUUGGCGUUAAAUAAAGAUAUCCAGGAUCGCGUUCGCCGAGAAAUGCUGUCGGUCAAAGCCAAACACGACGGACGAAUUGACAACGAGUACACGAACGAUUUGCGGUACUUGGAAAUGGUAUUGGAAGAAACCCUAAGGAAGUAUCCUAUCUUGUGCAUUAUAUUCCGUCAGACUACCGAACCGUAUCAGGUGCCCGGUGAAAAUUUGUUAAUUGAAAAGGGCACGAGAAUUUUCAUACCGGCCUAUUUCUUGCACUAUGACAGCAAAUACUAUCCGGAUCCGACCACAUUUGAUCCGGAACGGUUCACCCCGGAGGAAAAAGCCAAACGGCCGACCGGUACAUACAUGCCUUUCGGGAUAGGACCUCGCGUGUGCAUUGGUAAACAAUUUGCCGAACUCGAAAUGAAAUUAGCCUUGACGGAAAUCAUUACCAAAUACGAGGUGGAACCGUGUCAUCUGACAGAUAUUCCUAUGAGACUGAGUAAAUCCUCACCAAUUAUCUCGCCGGAAAAUGGCAUUUGGUUAAGGUUCAAGCUGAUUACCACGGAAAAUUCCAAUAUAGAAAAAUAUAAUGAAUAAUAAUUAUAAUAAUAAAAAAUAUAAUAAGUAAUAGUUUCUACAAAAUAAUCUCACAUGUUUAAUAAUAUUAUGUUUUGUAAAAGUAAAAACUUAUAAAAACAACUAUUUCUUACUUUUGCAUAAUUAAUAUAUUUAUAAAACCACAAUAAAAACGUUAUUUCAAACUUGAAUUGGCUAAUAGAAUUAUUUCAUUGGUGAAUUAUAUUACUUUUAAGUAGAAUCUUGAUAACCAUGUAGAUUGUAUGU